AUGAAUAGAAAACGGUAUUUCCAGGAGCUUGCUUUUAAAGAGAAAACACCAGUGGGCAAAUUAAGCACUGAGCUUAGAAAAGCCCUCCAUCUGGAAGACGAUAUGCUACCGGUGUGGAUCUACAGAAUGCGUAUUCUCGGCUAUCCACCCGCCUGGAUGAAAGAUGCGGAAAUGUCGACACUAAACAUCAUCGACGGAUCUGCUGGCCCAUCAACAACUGACAACAGCAAUACUCUGACUGAAGAAGGAGAAAUCAAAGAGACGCAACUGCCCUCACAACAGUACAACAAAGACUCCCUAAUCGAGUUUCCUGGUUUUAAUGCACCUAUUCCCGAUAAUGUCAAAGAUGACUGGCUAAUUCUCGGUAUGCCGCCACUUAUUAUGAAUCAGCAGCUGAGUGAAGCUGUAAAAUCAAUGAAAAUGAUUGAACCUGUGCCGUACAAGCGAUCGAAACUUGAUAUUUCAACUGGCUCCGGACGUUCGUCACCUGAAAGUGUUCAGCAAAUGGAUGCAGAGGUGAAUGACAUUUCUCUAGAGCAAGACUCGACUGCAGAUGAUAGUCUGGAAGUCAACGGUGAAAAGGAUGAAAGCGGUGAAUUAUCCACUGUUGAUGAAACAAACAGUGAAUCAAAAACAAGCACUGAAGAAAUUCAAGAGGACAACAAUGAUAAUUCCUCUUCUACUGGUGAUCGCAAGGUCACU